AUGUUUCCACUUAGAGCUCAGCUGGCGUCGUUGGGAGCAAAUUCUACUCUUUUCUUUCGAGCAUAUGCGGUGUCUCAUCGCAAGUCUGGCUCGAAAAUACAGGCUUGGAAAGGUCUAAAAAGAGGUGCCAACGGAGCUAAUCGUGCCAAUGGAACAAAUUCUUCACAGCCAGAGUCUCAACUGUCUAAGGCUGUGUUUCAGUCGGGUAAAUUCUCUCAAUUGCAUCAACCAUCUAAAAAAGUCUAUGAGAAAUCGUCUUCUGGACUUGACUCCAUCUCGACUUUCGAACAACUUCGGAUUUUUCCGACUGUGAGGGCAGCCAUGGUAGCUGAAAUCAAGUCAACAUACAAUAUGAAGGGACCUCGCUACCAGUCAAAAGAUGAGUUGGUUCUCAAGCCGACUCCAAUUCAAGUUGCUGCUAUCAGGAAGAUCAACCAACCUCGGUUGAAGAACAACAAGAAUGUCAAAGAGGAAGAAGUGCUGGCUGGCCGCAAAUCUGCUCCAUCUACUGCCGAUCUCGUUAACGAAGAAUUCAAAAAGAUCAAUUCGCUUCAGAAACUCAAAGUGUUCACUCUUGCCGCUGAAACUGGCUCUGGAAAGACCUGGGCUUAUUUGUCGAGUUUAUUGUCAAAAUUGAAAGAAGACGAAUUUGGCUUGUACGAAAGCUCAGAAGAGAAGUACCGAGCUUCUAGAAAUGCCCAAAUGGUCAAAUCUGUUGUUUUAGUUCCUACCCACGAUCUUGUUGAACAGGUAUAUUCCACCUUGGAACGUGCCAAUAGCAUUAAAUUUGACGUUGAGAAGAUUGGUGCCAAUUCUCGACUCAAGGAAUUCUUGCAAUUACCUGAACAAAACGGGUCGUUGAACUUGUCUAUCUUGAAAUGGGGUUCAGGAGAAGCUCACAAAAAGUUAUUCGAUCGUUGUCUUAAGGGCAGAGUCGAUGUAUUAGUAACUACUCCUGGAAAAUUGGCAUCUCUCUCAAAGUUACAAAACGUCAAUCGUCCAUACAGAUUCUUGAACCAUGUAGAGUAUUGUGUUCUAGAUGAAGCUGAUACUCUUAUGGAUGAGUCGUGGAUUGAAACUACUAUGCCAGUAAUCGAGAAGUUUAAGAAACUUCGUGAUCUCAUCAUUUGUUCGGCUACCAUUCCAAAGAGGUUUCAGACCACUCUCAACCGUAUAUUUCCUACCGACGAUUCUAUCAUCAACAUCGUCACACCUUCGUUGCACAAACUUCCCAAACAAAUCAAGGUGAGUGUCAUUGAUUCGGAGCUUUCCCCAUACCAUGGUUCCAAAACUAGAGCACUUGCUCAAGCUUUGUAUGCAAUUACCAGGGACGGUACAGAACCAGGUUUGGUUAAGAGAGUCAUUGUAUUUGUAAACAAGAAGGAAAGUGUUAAUUCGUUGGUUGAUACUUUGGUUAACAAGUUCAGUCACAGACCUGAGGAUGUGAUUGGAAUCACGGGUGAGGAUAAGCCAGAGGAAAGAUCUGAGAAGCUCGAACCAUUCAUUAAGCCGGCCGAGUCUAUCGAAGAAGAUCCACUCAACAGCAAAAUCAAGGUGUUGGUAACUUCAGACUUGAUGGCUAGAGGUGUAAACUUUGUGGGUAUCAAAAAUGUUAUAAUCAUGGAUAUUCCACACAACUCGGUAGAUUUGGUCCAUCGAAUCGGGAGAACCGGAAGAAUGAACCAGUCGGGAAGAGUAAUUCUUAUUGUUGAUAAAAAGAAGAACAAGGCAUGGCUUCUGGGCUUGCCAAAUGCCGUCAAGAGAGGCAUUCAAAUGGGUUAA